AUGGGUCUCCCCGUAAUUCUGUGCGGCAAGACCGAGCAGAUCGGCGCGGGUGUGGUUACUGGCCUUAAGCCAGAGCUUGAUGGCAUGUUCAUUCAAUUCGUCAUGACCCCUGAGAGUGGAAAGGAGCAAAUUCCUUAUAUCUUCAGAUGUGAAACACCUCCCUCGGCAGACUCGGCGCUGGGCAGCAAGAACUACUCGCAAAAGCCUGUUGCAGUCGUCCUUGGCGCCGGCUAUGACGACGAUGGCGUCAAGGUUAUGAUGGAGGCCUCCAGGGGUAUACAUCCUAUCCCUUGGCUGCGGCCGGAUAUGAGCAAGCCUGCUCCCCCUUUGGGACCUGAGUAUGGCAAAGCCAUGGUCCAACGUGUUAAAGAGUUGGUGGUCGAGUUGCACAAAGACGGCAAGAUGAAUGAUGAGAAAGUCUUUUGGUACUGA